AUGUAUGCAAUACACACUUGCCUCACAUACAACCCUGGUCCUGAAUUUCUGAAAAGUAGCAUUCGAGUGAAGCCAGAUUUGGAUGGUCUUGGUGCCUUGGGAGACACUGGUUGGUAUUGUAUCAGAGCCAUCUUAUGGGCUGUGGACUAUGAACUUCCAAAAUCAGUGCUUGCAUUCCCAGGAGCCAUUCUCAAUGAGGAAGGUGUAAUAAUCUCUUGUGGCUCUUCUAUGCAUUGGGAAGAUGGAAGAUCUGCCACCUUUCACUGUUCCUUCUUAUCCUAUGUAACCUUUGAUGUAACAGUUUUGGGAACAAAAGGGUGUCUUCGUCUCCAUGAUUUUGUCCUUCCAUUUGAAGAGAACUUGGGGUAUGGCACCUUUUUGGAGACCUCAGAGUUGGAUUAUGGGACGAUUGAACCGGGAAUGUGGUGUCCUAAACCAAAUGAGCAUGUUGUGGAGACAGAAUUUUCUCAAGAAGUUUGGAUGGUUAAGCAGUUUGCGGAUUUGGUUCAAAAAAUUAAGGGAUGUGAAAUGAAGCCUGAGAAGACUUGGCCAGUUUUCAGCAGAAAGACUCAACUUGUGUUGGAUGCAGUUAAAGAGUCGAUCCAGAAAGGUUACCAGCCUGUUGAACUCAAAUUUGGUGCAGACAAGGUAGAGAAUGAACAAAGAUUGAAUGAAAAGGAGUUGCAGUGA